CUUCACUUCCUCAUUACCAUGAGAUACCUCACCAGUCACUGGAGUCAACUCAAAAAAGUCUAACAUAUACAGAGAAGAGAAAUUUCGAAUUGGCUAUGGAGUUCAAGGGUGACUCCGUUGUGGCGGAGGAUUCCAGACAUGGAUAUUUCAUGAAACAAGCCUUGUUGAUGGGUGAGAAGGCUCUUGAGUCAGGCGAAACCCCCGUUGGCUGUGUUCUAGUGCACAACGAUCAGAUUGUGGGGUUUGGUAUGAACGACACAAACAGAUCUAUGAAUGGAACGAGGCAUGCCGAGUUUAUAGCGAUUGCAGAGAUGCUCCAAAGCUACCCUAGGUCAGCAUUGCAAUCUACUGAUCUUUACGUUACGGUUGAACCCUGUGUGAUGUGUGCUUCUGCCCUGAAGCAGUACCGCAUCCGCAGUGUGUACUUUGGGUGCGCCAAUGAUCGAUUUGGAGGCACUGGAGGUGUUCUUUCAUUACAUUCCGACCACUCAAUUGACCCAUCAUACCCUGUCUACGGUGGGUUGUUUAAGGAAGAAGCAAUUAUGUUGCUCCGCCGUUUCUAUAUACAGGAGAACGAAAAAGCUCCUAACCCCAGACCGAAAAAGAAUCGAGAGUUGAACACCAGAUUCAAAAAUGGCAAUGAAGAAGCGCCACCAACCUGGUAGGCCGCAAGGCUCGGAUUCGGGGCGUCUCCAAACAUCAUUCUACUACGCAAUACCCUCAGGGUUAGAUUGAACCUGCUUCGGAUACAACCGGGAAAUAAUUAGUUCCCAGGGCAUCUCCAUAUAAAUUUGAAAGUGUCAAGGUUGAACAGAACGGGAAUCUGUAUU